AUGUUUAUUAUUCGAUUGGCAGCAGAUGCACUGUCAUCAGUAACGGAAAGUGAACAAAGUCUAAUUCAUUUAACUGAUAAUCCACUUCCUAAUCCACAUUUUGAAUCAGUUAAAAAAGGAGAAAUUAUCAUUCAAAAUGUUGAUAACACUAAUAAAUAUUUGCAUAGUAUUAAACGUGUACAUAAACUAAUUGAAGAUGAAUUAAUGAUGGAAUAUGAUAUGAAUAGUACUAAUACAACUACUACUACAACUGCAACAAAGACAGCAUCAAUAAAUACCAUUCUCGAUAAUGAUAAUGAUGAUGAGAUUAGUCGUGGCAAUAAAUUCUCACGAUAUCAUGAAAAGAAUGAAUUUUGUACACCAUGUAAUAUUCAUCAAACUAAAAAAGAUAUUAUUACAAAGAGUACUAGUAAACGGUCAAUUUUAACAACAAAAAAUUACUCUACAACAACUGGUCUAUUAUAUGAUUUACUAUCGGGUACAGAAAACUUCGAUUCAGUUUAUAUGAGGAGUCAGUUAGUGUUUUUGACAUGUGAUAAUGCGAAAUCAAUAACUAAUCUUAAAAAAGAUAAAUUUCUUAGUCGACGCAAAAUCAAUAAUUCAUCAUCUGUUCAAAGGAGACGUAAAUCACUUAAACCAAAGAAGCACUGUAAUAGUUUACAAACCUUAGAAACUUCCAUCAGUAAUGGUAGAAAACUUUUUCAGAACAAUCUGUUAGGCGAGAAGUUGUCAUCGUCUUCUCCAUUAUCAUCAUCAUCUUUGUCAUCAUCAUCUUUAUCAUCAUCACCUACAUCUUCAUCAUCUUCAUCUACGUUGAGCCCUUCACAUAUUAAUUUGUUAACACAUUCCCAGUUAUCUCCAACAAAGUUGUUUGAUAGAUUUGAUUACUUAAAAAACAACCACGUUCUACAUUCCCAGUCACCUAUUAAUCAUUUUCCUACUGUACAUACUGCUAAUCUCACCACCGCUACAACUUCUACAACUAUGAAUAGUCAAGAAUGUUCUGAACAACCACUUGAUUUAUCUUCAGCUUCCUCUCAUUCCAAUCAAUCAGGUUUACUCGAUAAUUUUAAAUGUAAUAUUCCUACCUCAGAUAUCAUAAUCUCAAAAAGAAGGCGGAGUUUUGCCGGUGAUUUAGAUUACACUUCACGAUUUUCUGACAAUUCGAGUAUUCUACGAUGUAAUAGUUUAAGACAUAAUUCAGUUACAUUCCCUUUGUCUCAUACGGUAAGCAAAUUUAGGAAUUGUAUUACUUCUAGUACCAAUGUUACUGGCAGUACUACCAUUAAUAAUACCAGUAAUAGUAAUUUAAGACCUGAGCGUCAGCCAUCAGAAGAAUUUAUUUGUAAAGAUAUUGAACAAAAACUAAAUAAGAAUAAUCUGAAUAAUACAUCGAACAAUGAAUCAACCUUACUAGGAGCCAACUUACUUAACUUAAUUCUAUCUCCAGCAUGUUAUCAAAUUGCUUUAUCCGCUGCAUUCGCCUUAUGUGCAUCUUCCGUUUUUCCGUCUUUUGAUAAUACAAUAUAUCGAACUAAUGAUUUUUCAAAUUCAUGUAAUACCCUUAAGACAACAGAUGAAUUAGCCUGUAAUCUAUGGGCAUUAUCGAAUUCCAAUCGAAUCACUUCUAGUGAACAAAUUAAUGAAAAUAAUCAACAAUAUUUAUCAAAUUCAAAUCAAUCAUCAUCAAGAUUAUCAGACGAGAAACAUGACAAUAUUUCAAAACCUGUACAUAUACAACAUUCAUCAUCAAUUCAAUCCAAGCUCAAUGUAAAACUUAAUUCGUUGACAAAAUUAAAAACCGGUGAAAGUGUACCAUCCAAAAAAUCCAUUUUAAAAUUACAUUUCUUUCCAAAAAACACUCAACAUAAUCAUCAAACAAAACUUUUGAAGAAAAAAACAAACUCUUCACAUAGUCGAACAUUGUAUCAACAUUCCAGUAAAAACAACAACAAUAAUAAAAUCAAUAAUUCUGUUACACAUACAGCUGAUGAUGAUGAUGAUGAUGAUGAUGAUAAUGAUGAGGAUGUGAUCAAUGCACAACAUUCCUUUAUUACUCCAUCUAUCAAAAUUUCCAAUCAAAAUCUAAUCUUUUACAAUAAAUUAAAACAAUGGUUUAGACAAAUGAUCCAUUUAAUUGAACAACCAAAAUUAGCAAUAAUCUCUUUAUUACCUAAUCAUAUUAGAAAUGAUUUAACAAAGACAAAUUUAUUCAGUUCAUUCAAUGAAUAUCUAUUAGAUCAAUCGAUUGAUACAAGAUUAAAACUUUUAAACAUAUCAUGGUAUCGGUUAUUGAUAGUUUAUUUAAUUGAACAUGAACAAUUGAAUUCACUGAUGACAACAUUUUCAUCAUCGUCACCAUCACCAUCAUCAUCAUCAUCAUCAUCGCCAUCGUCUACGUCAUUGUCACCAGUGAAUGAUAAGAGUGAAUUUAAUGAGAAGAAAUUAAUAAUUAAGAAAAAAUUUCCAAUCGGUAAAUCGAUAAAAUCAAAGAAGAAAUAUGUUGAAAUGAUCAGUGCAUUUCAUGAUAUUCAAUCAAUAGCAACAAUAUGUUAUUCACUGAAAUUUACUCAUUCAGUUUACAGUCUGAUUCGAAUUGGUUUAUUAAUAUUAGGCAAUUAUCAAAAAACGCAAUCUAUCAAUGAUAUUCAUUGGUUGGAACAAACACUUCUAGAAUAUAUAGUCACAUCAGAAGGAACCAAUGAAAAAUCUAAUUCCAGUCCAAACUCAUCACCACAGAGUUGUCAGACAAUGAGUACCAAUCUUUCUGAUAACUUGAAUACUACUACAACUACCACUCGUACUGAUGUGUUCAACUGUAGCAAUAUUGGUAACAGUAAUGGUAGUAGUAGUAGUAGUAACAAUGUCAGUAGCAGUGUUAUUCCUAUUGAUACACCAUCCAUGAUACAUACAUUAAUUGAUAAACUAUUGAAUAUAACUAAAGAGUCAAUUAUUUUCUUUGUAUCUAAUCAAUUAGGUGAUUCAGUUGAAGAUUUAUUCAACAGUCUUGUCAAAAUCUCACAAACAUAA